AUGCUGGAGGACAAGAAGACCAAGGUGAAGAUCACCUUCCUGGUUAUCCUGGUGGGCAUCUCGUCCAUGUUGGCGGCAGUGGUGACGGACCACUGGGCGGUGCUGAGUCCCAGGGUGGAGCGGCUCAACACCACCUGCGAAGCGGCAUACUUCGGACUCUGGAGGCUGUGUAAAAAGAGUAUCUUCAUUGUGGAGGAAGACCCCCAGGGCAAAGGCUGUGGCCCUAUCAGCCUGCCAGGAGAGUACAACAUCUCAGCCGCUGCCAUAGCCAUCUUCAGUUUGGCCUUCAUGACCCUGGGCAGUCUCUGCCUCCUGGGGGCUUUUGGGAAGGGCAGAGACUACCUGCUGAGACCAGCUGGCAUGUUUUUUGCUUUUGCUGGUCUGUGCAUCGUCAUAUCUGUGGAGAUCAUGAGGCAGUCGGUCAAACGCAUGAUCGACAGCGACGAGACCAUAUGGAUCGAGUACUACUAUUCGUGGUCCUUCGCGUGCGCCUGCACCGCCUUCACCCUCCUCUUCCUCAGCGGCAUCAGCCUCCUCAUCAUCUCCAUGCCACACAUGCCCAGAAACCCCUGGGAGACCUGCAUGGACGCCGAACCAGAACCCAUAGACUAGAGUACCCUGUUGAAAAAAACAGC